CAAUUUCUGUUAAUCUUCUUUAUUUUAGAUCAGAGGUAUCCUUGUGCGUUGGAACUCAUCUCAUUCCACACCCUAACAAGGCACUCACAGGAGGGGAAGAUGCUUUCUUUGUCAGUAGCUACUCGGGAGGAGUUAUUGCUGUUGCUGAUGGUGUCUCUGGUUGGGCUAAAGAAAAUGUGGACCCUGCUUUAUUUCCUCGAGAAUUUUUGGCUAAUGCUUCAGAUUUGGUGGGGAAUGACGAUGAGGUUAAUAACGACCCCCAGAUUCUUUUGAGGAAGGCACAUGCUUCUACCUCUGCAACUGGUUCAGCUACUGUAAUUGUUGCAAUGAUGGAGAGGAAUGGCAAGCUGAAAAUUGCUAAUGUUGGAGAUUGUGGAUUAAAGGUC